AUGUUUUCUUUAAACAAUCAAUUAGAACUUAGAAGAGUGACAAUUUCCAGCUUAGUGUCAUGUAUUUAUUUACCAACUAUUGUGACUUUCAUAUCUUACAAAGGUUUACUGUACACAGUGGGAAAUGCUUCAUCUUUUUAUAUUUUAGUUCUUAUAUUCGUUGCUGAAUUAAUGAAAGCAUUCUACUUAAACUCAAGUAAUGAUCUUCAAGGAAAAAGAAAAGUUACCAAGAACAGAGCUAGUGACAUAGUGAAGUCAUUUGUAUUUUUACUUGGAGUUACUUUAAGUUUCUUUGUCGGGAUCAUACUGUUCGGUGCGCCAUUUCUGGAAUAUCAUGAAGAAACUUUGAUGCUGUCCAGUUUAUUGACACUUUUGACAGUUUUUCCAUUGAUUGCUCAUACUGGAGUAGAAUUAGCAGUCCAGUUAUUGUUUGGUCUGAAGAACUUUUCAAGAGACACAAUAAUUGCUAUGCUGGUUAACAACGCAUUGCUAACUGUUUGUGGAGCAUGGCUCGGAGCAGUGGUUAUUCCAUUAGAUUGGAACACACCAUGGCAACAGUGGCCCAUUUCAUGUUACCUUGGAGCUAUAGGAGGUUAUCUUUUAUCAAAUGUACUGACUGUCGCUAAAGUUACUUUAAUGUCUGCAGCUAAUAAACAUCCAUGUUUAAAUUUUGUUGUGAAUAUGAUGAAUAAAUUACACAUUUCAAAG